AUGCAGAAGUUCUGCUGGCUUUACCUUCUCAUCUUCGUCCUCUUUUUGCUGUUCUGGUACAAUUACUUAACCAGGAACCACUUAAUCGGGAAUCUUGUUGAUCUCGGACUUCAUGGCUACGUGAAGGUUUCACCUGGAAUCAGGUCAAGUUUUCAAUACCUGGCACUGCGCUGUGCCAGCUGCGCCGUGGUCUCCAGCUCGGGCCAGGUCCUGGGCAGCAGGCGUGGGAGGGAGAUCGACGGUCACGACUGUGUGAUCCGCAUGAACGUAGCACCGACGCUUGGGUUUGAGGCUGAUGUGGGUUCCAAGACCACUGUGCGUGUCAUCUCUCACACCAGUGUGCGGCACCUGCUGCCACAUCAGGCUCUUUUCUUUAAAGAGAAUGCAGAUACGCGCUAUGUGGUCUGGGGUCCCGAGCGGAAGAUGAGCCAGGUCGACCAGGGACCGGUGUUUAAGGUGCUGGCGAAGCUGGCACAGAAGUACCCAGACACACACAUCUAUACCUUUAGCAGGAAAAAGGUGAUCCAAUGUGAUGGGAUCUUUGAAAAUGAGACGGGCAAAAACAGAAUGAAGUCAGGUGCAUUUCUCAGCACUGGAUUUUUCACUCUGAUUUUUGCACUGGAUGUGUGUGACAGCAUCAACGUUUAUGGAAUGAUAGAUGGUUCCUACUGUGGUUUAGCCAAUUACACCUCUGUACCGUAUCACUAUUACGAGUCUGGACGUCUGGACGAGUGUGGCAUGUACAAAAUGCACGAGCGGGCGAGGUACGGUGGCCAUCGGUUUAUCACAGAGAAGCGGAUUUACAGACGCUGGGCCUCACAGGGAAAAUUACGAUUCCAGCAUCCAGCCUGGCGCCUGAACUUAAAGCUAAACUGGGUUAACUGGUAACGUUUACUGCUGAUGUUUUUUUAC